AUGAUCCAUGAGUUUAAUCUGGCAUUGUUGGCAAAACAACUAUGGAGAUUAGUACAAUUCCCUGAUUCUCUGGUGGUCCGUGUGCUACGGGGGAGAUAUUAUAGGCUGAGUUCUCCACUAAGAGUAAACGCUGCUACUGGCCCAUCCUAUGUGUGGACAAGCAUUUCUGCUGCAAGGAAUCUGCUAUUAUUGGGCAUUCGACAGAAGAUACACUCUGGAUAUGAGGUUAAGGUUUGGGAGGAUCCAUGGAUUCCAACGAAUCCCGCGAGGCUAGCUGCCCCAAUGGCACCAGUGAUGCAUCCUAAUAUGCGAGUAAGCGAUCUUAUUAAUCAGGAAUCGAAGGAUUGGGAUGUGGGCUUACUGGAGAACUAUGUUCAUCCUGAUGACAUACCAUUCAUUAGGAGUUUGGCCAUAAGCUCAACUCAUCAUCGAGACUCUUACUGCUGGAACUUCACAAGGAAUGGUCAGUACACGGUCAAGUCUGGAUAUUGGGUGGCUCAGAAUUUAUUGAAUAAAACAGAGGAAAGGGAAGUUUUGGACCCAAUAACAAGGAACCUGGUAAGACGCAAUAUGAGAUGUGAUAACUACUGCCCAAGAUGUGGAGAAGCAGAGGAGACUGUCACACAUGCAAUUUUUGAAUGCCCACCAGCUCUUCAAGUUUGGUCUUUAGCUUCAACUCCGACAAGCCCGAACAUCUUUCCAGUAUCAAGCAUCUACACGAAUAUGGACUAUCUCUUUUGGAGGAAAAAUAGCAUUAUUGAGCCUGAUCGUGAUAGGGGCCCUUAUCCCUGGAUAAUAUGGUACAUUUGGAAGGCUAGGAAUGAGAAACUCUUCAGGGGCAUAGAUCGAGAUCCUUUGGAGUUAGUCCGACAUGCGGAGAGCGAAUGUCAAGCCUGGUUUGAUGCUAAUGAUGUGGUACAACCUGUAACACAAGCUAAUACAAAUGAGGAGCCCCAAGCCAUAAGCUUGGGAAAUAUUUGCUUGCUAGAUGGAUCUUGGAUGUCUUCUGCUAACUUUAGUGGAUGCGGAUGGGCGUGGAUGGAUGGAUCUGGGAAUGCACAGCUUAUGGGGACAAGGAAUUUCCCUCGGCGUGAAUCAGCUUUGCACUCGGAAGUAGAGGCACUGCGAUGGGCGAUGGAGAAUAUGCUGCAACAUUCGAACUGCCAGAGCUUCGGGACAGAUUGUAAGGAACUGAUAGCAAUGGUGAGGGAACCUCAGGCGUGGCCAAGCUUUGCGACGGAAUUGGAGAGGAUAGAGACGCUACAGAUAUGCUUUCCGGAUUUUAAAAUCGUUCACAGUUUGGCUGAGAAGCUCUAA